UGAUAGAUUAUCUCUAAAGCCGCCUCAAGCAUCUUUACUACAUCAAUACUUUGAACAACUUUGUGGUAUCGUGUUCUUGACUAGUUGACCUUUGAUCAUGACACCCAAAGUUUUCCUUACAGGAGGCACAGGCUACAUCGGUGGUUCCGUCCUACAUACUAUUGCAACCGCCCACCCUGAAUACCACAUCACUGUUCUGUUACGCAAAACUCCUGAAAACUUCAAAUCCACCUAUCCCAACAUCGACGUCAUCACAGGUGACUACUCGAGCGCCGACCUCAUCACAUCAGCAGCGGAGAACGCUGACAUUGUUAUCCACAAUGGCGAUUCAGACCAUGAGCCCAGUCUAAACGCUAUCAUCACGGGUCUUCUCCACCGUCCAAUCCCGGGCUACCUCCUUCACCUCUCCGGAACAGGAAUUGUAUCUGACUGGGCCGACGAAGAGUAUCUAGGGAAGUUGAACCCAAAGAUAUGGUCGGACAUUGCUUCUCUGCCUGAAAUCCGUCAACUGCCCCCAAACGCACUCCACCGCAAUACAGAGACCAUUCUCCAUCAUACAGUUGCAGAGCACGGCGACAAAAUCAACAUAGCAAUCAUGUGCCCACCGGAUAUCUACGGUAGAGGCAAGGGGCUAGCAAAGACCCAAAGUGCUUUCAUCCCAUUUUUCAUCAAAGAAGUGAAGAACAUGGGUGGUAAAGUAGUUUACCUCGACCAAGGUGCAAAUACGAGGAGUUGGGUGCACAUCGACGAUUUGAUGCGUCUGUAUCUCCAAGUCGUGGAAGCCGCGGCAUCCAAUUCAAAAGACUUCUUCAACGAGAAUGGAUACUACUUCGCUAGUACACAGGAGCAUUCUCAAAUUGAUGUUGCGAAAGCGACAGGAGAGGUUCUGCACAGACAUGGUGUGAUCGAUGAUGCGACACCCGUGCAGAUUAGUUUAGAGAGAUUGGACGCAAUGGCGAAUAUCCCUGGAUUUCCCAGACUGGCCAGAUAUCUUUUUGCAAGUAAUUCGCGCACGAGGGCAGAGAGAGCGGGGAAGGCUUGGGGAUACAAAGGCGAGGCACCAGGCUUGUUGGAGUGUUUGGAGGCGGAUAUACUGGAUGCUGUACGUACCUAGUGUCUGACCAUUGAGAGUGGAUGGCGACUUGCACAACUCGAGCAGAUUUUCCAUGGGACAACGACAGGAGCUUCAUACCGUGAGGCACCGUAGACGAUUACAACACCACUCGCCAAGUUCAUAUAUUGCGAAGACACUCUGGGGUACAUAUAAAUGAAUAGAUUUUCGAGAGAAAUUACACGGGGCUCAAAUAUUACCCAAAUCCUUCACGCUCUG